AUGCUCUCACAUGAAGGUUUACCACCUAAACGUGAAUUACUUGAAUAUGCUUGGCAAAUGGAAAUUAUACUUGGUAAAAUCUCAGCUUGUUUAACAACAAUUCAAGUAAUUGGAAAUGUUGUUAAUGUUCAAAUAGCACCUAUUCGUUUAUGUAUGUAUAAUAUGCAUACAUCAUUAUGUAAUGAAAGUUUAAAUUUAAAAGUUGGUACAAUACAAAUUCGACAAUUAUUACCUCUUUAUCCUGGUUCAAUAAGUGUUCCUGAAUUACGUAUUAAUGCAAAAUUUGAAUGUCAUCCACGAACACCAACUACUAUCAAGGAACAAUUAGAAUUUCUUCGUCGACAUGAUCAACAUUCUCAAUGA